AUGGCUGUGAGGAAGGGAAUCCCRUGCAUGCCUCCCCCGGACAUUCCCAAUGGGAAGCACACGGGCGGGCUGCUGGACGAGUUCCACUACGGCACAUCCGUCACCUACAGCUGCAACCCCGGCUUUCCUCUGCACGGAGAGCCCUCCAUCCACUGCACCACCCGGGAUGGCACCAGCGGAGUGUGGAGCGAGCCCCUGCCGGCCUGCGGAGUGGCGAGCUGUCCCGUCCCACAGAUCCAGAACGGGAGGAUCGUGGCUCCCAGGUCUGCGUACUCACACAGCGACACGGUGACCUUUGAGUGUGACCCGGGCUAUGCCAUGCGUGGCCACAGAGAGAUCCAGUGCCAACCGAGCGACACAUGGCAUCCCCCUGUGCCAGUCUGCGAGCAGGCUGGUUGCAGAGCCCCUGCCAGGCUGGGCUUUGCSGAGCUGAAGGAGCCCUACAGGAACCGGACGCUGUUCCCCGAGGGCACCAGGGUGGAAUACGAGUGCCAGCCCGGYUACACCCAACUCCCGGGGAUGUCACCAAGCAUCACCUGCCUCAGGAACCAGACGUGGUCUGCAGCCCUGGAGUUCUGUCAAAAAAUGCAGUGCCCCAGCCCAGAGAACCCAGCGAAUGGCAGAGCUGUUGUCCUGACAGAUCUCCUCUUCCAGUCCAAAAUUAAUUACACUUGUGACAAAGGGUACAAGUUAGUUGGAGGCUCCCAGAGAACUUGUGAGGUCUCUGGCACCCGUGUCUUGUGGAGUGGGGAUCCUCCUGUCUGCCAGCGCAUCGUCUGUGCCRCCCCUCCGGCCAUCCCCAAUGGGACACACAGCGGCAGCUCCAGGGACACUUUCUCCUACGGGGACAUGGUCACCUACAGCUGUGAGCCAGGACACUCCCUGGUGGGAGAGACCUCCCUGUCCUGCAGCUCUGCAGAUGGAGAGCACGGCUCGUGGAGUGGGACAGUGCCACGGUGCCAAGAGGUGAGGUGUCCUUCUCCGCCCAACAUCGCCAAUGGUCAGCACAGUGGCCGCCCCGGGGUCCGGCACAGCCCGGGCUCGGUGCUGCUGUACACCUGCACACAGGGCUAUGCCCUGGUUGGCAAUGCCACCRUCCGCUGCACCCCCGCUGGAACCUGGAGCCGGCCCCAGCCCCGCUGUGAAGCCAUUGGCUGCUCCAGGCCCGAGAUCGGGAACGGAACCGUGUCUGGGUUGGAGAGCACCUACAGACUGGAGGACACCRUCGUGUUUGAGUGCAACCCUGGUUAUGCCUUGAAGGGCUCUCAGGUGUCCCGGUGCCAGUUUGGGGGCAAAUGGAACCCUCCUGUCCCCAUCUGUGAGAAGUUGCCGCCGUGUCCUUCCCCUCCAAACAUCAGGAACGGCCAGCAYGACAGCCAGGRUGUGAAGGAGUUCAUKSCUGGAAUGUYGGUGAARUACCAC